AUGACCCAAGAGGCUGAUUCCCCUCCAGAAAACGAGGAUCAAGGAUUACUGGUCAGUCACAACAACAGUGGCACUGAUAAGAAUAGUAUAGGGGCAAAGUUCAAGGAUUGUGUAGAGACCCUUAAGAAGGAGAGUGAGAACCUCUUCCUCACUACACUCAAGCACGUGGACGAAUGCGUUAAAUCUGAUUUGGUCACUAGGAACCAUAACAAUCAAUUGCCGCAGUUGCAUCGGGACGACAACUUGGUUCUGGAUUCGUUGCCGUCUGGAAAUAUUAACGACCUUGGUAAAAGCAUUAAGCUUAAGGUGGCAGCUAGGUUAGAAGAGGAAUGUUUAGAUGUGUACAGAACUUGUCGGAGGGGGUUACGGAAGGACAUUCGGUCCUUGUUUAAAAAGCUAUCAAAAUAA